AUGUCUACUGUUGAAGGAGCCGGUGUCUACCCGGCUUUGGAGAAUCGCCCAUUGAAAGACACAAUUUGCCUUUUCGAUGUUGAUAACACUUUAACGCCUGCAAGAAGGCAUGCCACAGAUGAGAUGCUCCAAGUCCUCUCGCAAUUGCGACAGAAGUGCGCCAUUGGUUCUGUUGGCGGUUCCGACUUCAAUAAGCAGCAAGAACAGCUUGGUUCCUCGAGCGUGAGCGUUACCACCCUCUUCGACUACUGCUUCGCCGAGAAUGGCUUGACAGCCUACCGCCUGGGGAAACCUCUUGCUAGCAAUAGCUUCAUUCAGUGGAUCGGAGAAGAGAAGUACCAGAAGUUGGUCAACUUCAUUCUCAAGUACAUCGCGAAUUUGGAAAUUCCGAAAAAGAGGGGUACUUUCCUUGAAUUCCGCAACGGAAUGAUCAACGUUAGUCCCAUUGGUAGAAAUGCUUCUAUUGACGAGAGGAAUGAGUUCCAAGAGUACGAUAGAGUGCACAACAUCAGACAGCCAUUUGUGGAAGCUCUCAAGAAGGAAUUUCCCGAUUACGGUCUCAGCUACUCCAUUGGAGGUCAAAUAUCCUUCGAUGUUUUCCCCAACGGCUGGGACAAGACGUACUGUCUAAGACACGUCGAAGCUGAAAAAGAUAUCUCGGGCAUUCAAUAUAAGUCAAUUCACUUCUUCGGUGACAAGACCUUCCCUGGAGGCAACGAUUACGAAAUCUACGACGACCCCAGGACAAUUGGUCAUUCCGUUAAGGACCCCGAGGAUUGCUUGAAGCAGCUCAGGGAAUUGUUCCAACUAUAG